ACUUUCAUUUUCUACAAAACAAACAACAGCGAAGAAACGCUGGUAGUACACUUCUCUUCUGCUCCACGCACUCGUUUUCAACGAAUCUUCUAUUCGAUUUUGGAUUUUAGGAUUGGACGGUUCGCCACCUGCAGGGUGUGAUCGGAUCAUUUUUAUAAUUUCACGCGCUAAUCCACAAUCUAUAAAGCUUCAGAUCAUCUACUCUUCUGUUGCAACUACUUGUUGAGUUAUCAUUCAAUUUAGAAUAUCUUGCAGACGUUGAGUAACCACAAAGAACUUGCUGUGUCGGAGAAAGCAAAGAAUUUGAGCGCUUUAUUAUACAGAAUCUUUCCUUUCAUUUUUUACAAAGCUUCAAACCCUUGGAGCGCUUUAUUAUACAGAAUCUUUCCUUUCCUUUUUUACAAAGCUUCAAACCCUAGUUCCAGAAAUUUUUAUUCUGAAAUCCCUUUCCCUUCCGAAGCAAAAUUUAAAGCUUUAGUUUAUUUUCUCUGGAUCGAUCAUAAUGGGAUUCCCCUGGUUUUCCAACCGCAAAAAUGCGCCGAUCGAAUCUCCCCGGCGGCAAUCAGAGGGCAUUAACAUUUUCUCCUCCGAAUCUCCGCCGCGAAAAUCUUCGUCGCCGAAGAAAAUGUCGGGCCGUAAAGAACGGCAAAAUUCGAGCAGGGAUUGUAUUGUGAGGAUUCCUUGUCCGUUGCCGAGCAGCGAAGAGCUUCAGAAUGUGUUCAAUAAAUUUGACGCCAACAGUGACGGCAAAAUAUCUCCGUCGGAGCUGGGCCACGUCAUGCGCUCGCUGGGGCACGAUGCGACGGAGGAUGAGGUGCAGUUGAUGAUGGCAGAGGCUGACUCAGACGGAGAUGGCUACGUGGACUUGUCAGAAUUUGUUGCGCUCAAUACACGUGGCGUGGACAGCGCUGCGAGCCUGCGGGAUCUUAAAGAUGCCUUCAACAUGUUCGACAUCGACGGCAGUGGAUCCAUCUCUGCCGAUGAACUCCACAGAGUUUUAAGGAGGUUGGGAGAGACUUCUAGUUUGGAUGAGUGUCAUCACAUUAUUCGAGGCGUGGAUGCUGACGGGGAUGGCCAGGUCAACUUCGACGAAUUCUUUACAAUGAUGUCAAAUCCCGUUGCAGUGCAAGCCAAUUAACUGCGAUCUCCAUUUGUUGACAGGCUGUUGUUUGAAAUUUUCCCAGAGAAAAUAUCAAGCGAAUUGCUAAAUAUCUUUGUUUGUUGUCCAAGUGAGAGCAGUUUUAAAAUUGUUCAUCCCCUGUUCAGGAUACAGAGGAACUCUAUGCGAGACUCUCUCCGGCGUAGAAUUCCACCCGCAAUGAGAAGCGGAGCCUCCAGUAGAGGGGUGAGAGAGAAUCCGUACUUGGGGUCCCAGGUUCGACUCUCAAAGCCCUCGCUAAAAACUGAGAAAGUUCAGUUUUCAGAGAAGAAGAAUCCCCAGAUUUGUACCCUUGCAGCACAAACACAAAAAGUUCCAGAACCUUCCAACCGUUUACAAUGUUCAACAAUAAAUAGAAUUCUAGGACUCUAAAAUAUGGCACAAUUUAUGUAAUGCCAAGAUUUUAAGCCAUUGUAUUUACACAUUACCAUACAAUGAAUUUCAUUUUCCUAAUA